AUGGAUGGAAAGAAGCGUAUCCUGAUCGUGAGGAAGGCGGAGAAGGCCAACAUCGGGGCGUACACCUGUGACUGUGGCUCCGACAAGACCACUGCCAACCUGACCAUCGAGGAGCGUGACAUUAAGGUGGUGCGCCCGCUCUACAGUGUGGAGGUGACAGAGACUGAAACUGCCAAGUUUGAGACAGAGAUUUCAGAGGAGGACGUCCACGGCAACUGGAAACUGAAGGGAGACGCCCUCCACCAAUCAGCCGACGUGGAGAUAAAGGAGGAGGGUAAGCGUCACCUUCUGAUCCUCUACAACGUGAAGAUGGACAUGGCUGGAGCUGUGGACUUCUCUGCUGCUAACGCCAAGUCCAACGCCCAGCUCCGAGUCAAAGCGCGCUCGAUCUCGGUGCUGCGCCCCCUGAAGGACGUGGAGGUCACUGCGGGAGAAACAGCCACGUUUGAGUGUGAGCUGUCGUACGAAGGAAUCAGUGUGGAGUGGUACCUGAAAGGCAACAAGAUGGAACCCAGCGACAGGGUGAAGACCCGGGUUGUGGGUAAGGUCCACGCUCUCACAGUGAGGGACGUGAAGCUGUCUGAGGCUGGAGAAGUGAAACUCUGCUCGCAGGACUUCCAGACCCAGGCCCAGCUCAUCGUCAAAGAGGCCGCAGCAGAGUUCACUCAGCCCCUGGAGGAUCAGUCUGUGGAGGAGGAGGCCACUGCUACGCUGGAGUGCCAAGUGUCGAGAGAGAACGCAGAGGUUCGCUGGUUCAGAGAGGGACAGGAGAUCAGAAAGACAAAGAAGUAUGAUGUCAUCAGUGAGGGACGCAAACGGGCGCUCGUCAUCACCGCAUGUUCACCGGACGACGGCAAACUCUACACCUGCGACGCCGCGCAGUUCAAGACAUCCUGCUACCUGGAAGUCCUGCCGCCGCACGUGGAGUUCACCAAACCGCUGCACGAUGUUGAGGGAGUCAGCCAAGGUUAG